UUGGGUUUACUGAGCGGUUCGAGCGGCUCCGAUCUUUCUCCUCAGGUCUCUUGACUGUCUGUCUCAGCUGGGGAAAGACGCGUGGACCGUAACCGUGGCCCCGUCCAGACAGAGCGACUCAACAUGGCUAGCCUGUCUGGUGUGUGGCCGCGUCCCGGACUCCUCUGGCUCGCAGUCCUCCUGCAAGUCGUCUGCUUGUGUUUAGCCCAAGUUUCGAUAUGGGAACAAGGUGAGCUGGGCUCUCCGGGCCCGGCUGGGAUCCCUGGAGCAGACGGGAUAGAUGGGGAACCUGGGCUCAUUGGCCCCCCUGGACCACCAGGGCCUAAAGGGGAAAUGGGAGCCCCUGGACCAGAUGGACUGGAAGGUGACCCAGGAUAUGAUGGUUUGGAAGGUCCAAGGGGAGAGCUGGGUGUUCCUGGAAGGCCUGGCCCCAAGGGUCUGGUGGGCUUACCUGGACCUCCUGGGACACCGGGUGUCGGAAUCAUGGGACCACCUGGUCCUCUCGGCCCAGUGGGGCUUCCUGGAGAAAUUGGACGUCCAGGACCUAAAGGUGCAGUGGGACAGCUCGGACCAAUGGGAAAGCCAGGCCCUCCAGGUCUACAGGGACCUCUUGGUAAUCUCCAUGGUGCGGAAGGGAGCGCAGACCUUCUGUGCCCGGUUUCAUGUCCCCCUGGACAAAAAGGCCCACAAGGACUUCAUGGACUCAAGGGGCACAAAGGCAAAACAGGAUUGCUGGGUGACGCCGGAAUACAGGGACCUCCGGGUAUUAAAGGUGCACCUGGUAUCUCUGGAGAACAAGGCAUCCCUGGCCCACCAGGACCUCAGGGCCUUCGGGGAUACCCUGGUAUGAUGGGAGCAAAAGGUGAAGGGGGUGUUCGUGGAUACAAGGGGAUGGUUGGUCCCAUUGGCCUGAGCGGUCCUCCGGGUGAACAGGGGCCUGAGGGGCCGCUUGGUGACUUUGGCGACAAAGGAGAUCGGGGAGAUUGGGGGCAGCAAGGACGCCAAGGUCCCUCGGGACCCAAGGGAAAAAAUGGAUUGCCAGGCAUUGAUGGCAAGGAUGGCACCCCUGGGGUUCCUGGUAUGAAGGGAGCAAAUGGCCAAGCAGGGAUUCCAGGACCCCCUGGUCCUCAGGGCAAACCUGGUUUAUCAGGGCAGCCUGGUCAGAAGGGAGCCGCUGGAGCCAAGGGUGAAAGUGGUGUGCGAGGAAUGACGGGUUUGUCUGGUCCCCCAGGUAAAAUGGGUGAGCCUGGACCUCAAGGGGAGAUUGGCCCUCCAGGACCUGUGGGCCUGAGGGGUGACAGAGGAAUGCUUGGUGAAAGCGGUCCCCCAGGGCCCAGAGGCAAGGCUGGCACGAAAGGAGAGCGAGGUCCCCCAGGGAUACCGGGUCCUCAGGGGAUCCCUGGACCGAAAGGAUCUAAGGGAUUCCAAGGAAAAGUAGGGUCCAAAGGCAAUUACGGAGACCCCGGAGUGGAAGGCUUGGAUGGCGAUCCAGGUGAAAAGGGAGACGAGGGGGAGCCGGGAGUGAAAGGACAGCAAGGUAUCCUAGGGGAACCAGGAUAUCAAGGAGCGCCCGGUAACCCAGGUGAACCCGGAGCUCAGGGCCGGGCCGGACUGCCUGGGACCCGAGGCCCCCACGGAGUGCGAGGAAUUCCAGGAGCAACUGGGAAACAGGGACCCCCUGGGCGAAAUGCAGGAGAUCAACAUAUCAUUGAGGUGUGCCUGAAAAUGAUGCAAGAACAGUUAGCAGCAGCAGCAGUCAGUGCCAGGAGACAGGUAUUGGGUGGUGCAGGGAUGACAGGACCUCCCGGACCCCCUGGACCAGUAGGCUCUCCUGGUGAACAAGGGGACCACGGUAUUCCAGGACCUCAUGGCCUGCCUGGUCUGACAGGCCCUCAUGGACAGAUUGGAAAUACAGGACCAAAGGGCAAGCGAGGGGAGAAGGGUGAUCGAGGUGUGACGGGACGUGGACAUCCUGGCCUGCCAGGCCCACCUGGAAUUACAGGACCACCAGGAAUGCCAGGACGGAGUACAGACGGUAGACCUGGUGAAUUAGGUGUGCCAGGUAUGCCCGGACAACCUGGUCGCCCUGGUUUGCCUGGUCCCCCUGGUAUACCUGGAUACUGUGAAGCUGCUGCUUGCUUAGGAGCCUCGGCAUACCUGGCCUCAGGUGGAGGACCUGACUUCAAAGGGCCGUGAACUGUUACCUGACAACCAGCACGCGGCCAAACAACUGACCAGCAAGUGUCGUGUGCACAGCAGCGAGGAAGGAGUGAAAGAUAAAAUGGAGACAGCCAGGAAUCAACCCUAAAGGAAGGGGUUUCCUGAAGACUGAAAUGAUUUUAAAUAUUUGGUGCGUUUUAUAAAAAAGAAACACAAAGGAAAUGAAAAAUAAACACAAAAUACUACUUUACAGAUUAAAUGAAAGCUAAAUAGUUUUUAAAAAGUUUUGCAUUGGCAUGUUUAUUUGUCCAAAGAUUGAUGUACAUUGGUUCCUAAUUUCUUAUUUGGUUUAAUGAUUUUAAAAUGAAUAGGACAAACUAUUAGGGAAUGGUAUAGUGAUAUGAGUUUGCAUCAGUCCCCUGUGUAAAUCUAAUAAGUUUGUGUUUGUGUACAGAGUUCCAUUUCAUUGUAGCGACGGACUAAGUGUGUUAUCGAGAAGCCCAUCUCAUUACAUGCUCUGGACAAGUGUUGAGAUCAACUCCAUUGCUGAAAUUUUCCGACAGCACACCAGUCUCAUGUGGACCUCCUCAGAUUUAUUUCAAAGCCCCGUGUGGGUGAGGCUAGUUCAAGGUUUGUUGUGUGGUCUAUGCCAGCAUGAAUUCUGUGUGAGCAGCUCUGAAGGAAUUUAAAAAAAUAAACAAAUUGCAAGAAUUGUAAAUUCAGCAUGUAGAGCAAUGUCAGCGAGAGAGCUGGGAUGAAGGACUCAUCUCCGGUGAUGCCAUUGUCCUACAGGGUACAGUUGAGUGAUACAGUCUGAUGUUGCAUCCUCAUUCUCAGCUGAGAUUUCAUCCUUAUGCUCAGCUGAGAUUUCAUCCUCGUGCUCAGCUGAGAUUCCACCCUCAUUCUCAGCUGAGAUUCCAUCCUCGUGCUCAGCUGAGAUUCCAUCCUCGUGCUCAGCUGAGAUUUCAUUGAGAUGGGAGAGGGUUAGCACCACCAACCCACAGAAAACCAACAUCCCAAGCCUGAGUUUUGGUCCUCCCUAGAUGGACCACAACAAUGAGAUUUGGACCCUGCACAUUCCUAACCCCUACUGAACCAAAGACUCACUCUCUCACAGUCUGAGAAAGGGUAACCUGCCUGUUCAUUCUUUGCUCAGUCUGCUGAUCAUCCCUGGCAGUGUUGGGGGUUCACUUCUGGUUGGAGCUGAGCUGAACUGAGAUAUAAACAGAGCCACUCAGAGAGUGGGUACUGGAAAUCCCAUUGAGCAUUGUAGGAAAGAAUCCUAUUUCCUGUAGACUGUGUAUUGUACAAACUCUUCCCUCCAGCUCUUAGUGACCCAGAGAAGGUACCUGUGAAUGGCAGCAAACUAUGGUGAAUCUUCUUGCAAUUUCCUCACUGUAAAUACUGAGAUGUAGUUUACAGGAUUAACACAGAAGAUUAUGUUCCAUGAAACAAACAAGCAAAGAACAAGUUGAGGACCCAGUGGUAAUGUCUUUAAUCAGUGGGUUAUUUCAGCACAUAAUUCGGCACUUGGAAGCUUAAUAACAAAUAUUGUUGAAGCCCUGUGUAACAUGCCCAGAAAUAAAACCUACUGAUUAAUUUCAUUAACAUAAUUAAUUUAUUAUGUUUUAAAUCUUGUGCAACUGUAACGACCAUGUGUUUGUCUCUCGUUGUACUGGAGCACCAUCCAAUAAAACGGACAUUUUGUAAAAGACAAUGUUUUUCUGUCACCUGCAGAAGACCCCAUGCCUACACUGCACUUCAGCCUGGUGCUCAGGCCCCCGCUGGGCCUCUGUGCUCUGGCCUGGCUCACGAUCCUUUCAUUGGGACUUUGUACUUGGAUAGAGCGUUGCACCGUGCAUCUGACUUGUGCACUGGGACUGUGCUCUCUGACCUUUGCGAUUUGGCCUUGUGCUGGAUACUCACACUUGGACUUCGCCCACUCACUUUGCUUUCAACUUCUCUUUGGUUAUUUUGUUUUAAUUUUAUGCCUUUUACUGUCAAUAAAUGUGUACA